GGAAUCCCCUAAAAUUUUUUUCAAUCAUUCAGCUUGUAUCCCAAUUUGGCAAAUUUUUUUCAAAAUUUAAUAGGUUUUCAAAUUCUAAAACCGAUGGAUAGUGCUAACAUCAUCAUGCUCUUUUAUCUAUCUUUAAUAUGCUUUUUGGCGUGGGAAGUGCAGGGCGAUUGUCGGAUAGCCCAGUACAUGGUGGAGCAGUCGAAUCGCAUCUUCACCUACCGCGAUGCCAGUGGAUCCCUUCAGCUGCAGCGUACGGAAACGGUUCCAACUGGUGUCACCCUAUGCAUGUACUGUAAUCCCUCGGACAAGAUCGAAACCCUAUGCCAGGACAAUAGACAGUUUUCAGUUCCGCUGCCCAUGAGUUGUUCCAAUCCGAUGCAACCGAUAAUAACGCGGAUCCGUGAUAACGAAUGUUCGGGUAGCCCAUAUGCCGUGGGCUAUACGAUAGAUGGCAAGAACAUGGAGCUAUACCGCACCUGCUUUGAUGCCGGACAAGGAAGGGUCUUGUACUCCCAGAGUGAUGUGUACUAUAAGACCUUUUUUCCGAGGAGACCCUUCGUGGACUUUGUGGCCGAUGAGAUGUUCAGUCCCCAGGAGGCCGCUGCAUAUAUGAAGUCCAAUAUAUACUUCGCCUUCAAAUGCAUUUACGGAGAUGGUCAGUCCUACUUGCCAAGUGCCCGUUCCCUAGUGAUCAAUCGAGGGCAUCUGGUGGCCUCGGCGGACUUUCUGUUCGCGGACCAGAUGGGUAGUACCUUCCGCUAUCUGAACGUGGUGCCGCAGUUCAAGUCGAUUAACGACGGCAACUGGGAGAAAAUAGAGAGGUGGGUCCGCAGCCAGGUUCCGGAGUCGAGUUACUACCGGAUCAAGACCGGUGGCAUUGGCAUCCUGACGUUGCCAGAUGCCAGUGGCUUCCUUCAGUCGGCCUUCCUGGCCGGCUCCAAGAUCCCCGUGCCCGAGUGGACCUACAAGGUGGUGCGAGAUGCCAGUGGCAAUGGGCUAUACGUCUUCCUCACCUAUAACAAUACCUUCCGGAGAGAGAGGCCUCCAUGCCUGGAUAUUUGCCAGCCAGUUAAUUGCCCCCUGGGUCUGCCGAAUAACCCUGAUGAGGGAUUCACCUUCUGUUGCGAUCCCAAGCACUUUCCUCUCUAGGAAGGAAAACAUUCAUGUAUAUUUUAUAGGAGGACUGUGCCAAAUUGUCCUGCGUAAUAAUCGCCGGCUGAAUAAUUUAGUAUUUUUAUUUAACAGACGCACAUUAGCAAAAAAUGGCGAAAGUCCUUUGCCAAAGGACAUGCACUGCAAAAAAAGGUUGUAAUAAAUGGA